AUGUGGAACCUUCCAGGAUUCUCCAAAACUGCCAAAGACAAGAAAGAAGAAGAGAGAAUGAGGAGAAUCUUCCACCUCUUCCCCAAAAGAAAAAGAUCCCUUCGAAGUCCCCCCAACAAGAAACACUCUCCUCCUCCUCCUCCUCUCUCAAAACUCCCCAUAAAGAAACGAACUGUUUACCAAUACACCACCACCACGAAGACUCCCCAAUGGAUCCGCCGCUUGAAAAAAGACUUGAACAUAGCCGACGACCCCUUCCUCCUCGCGGAGAAGCCUCUCGACCUCGACGACGUGGAUCCAGAACAAAACCGUCUCUCCAUCCCUUUCCAGACCCUAAAGAGAAACGACUUCUUGACGUGUGACGAGGGGAUGAUUCUUGGAGACGAGAGGAUCAAUAAUGAGGGGAGGAUUGGUGUGGCUGCGUGUCUCGUUGAUCAAAGGAAUAAACAGUGGAAGAUGGUUUUGAAGAAGUGGGUUCGUGUGUCUGACUCAGGGAAAGUCCUCCAGAGUUUUCUGUUGAGUGGUGCAUGGAGUGACGUCGUUGAGGCUAAUGAGUUGAGAGAUGGAGAUAACAUCAGUCUAUGGUCUUUCAGGCUCAAUGGGUUCCUCUUCUUUGCUCUUGACUUUGCAGGUGACUCCGUAGACUUCUUAGAGUAA